GAUGAGGAAGAUGACGAGAAUGCUGCAGUGCUACCGACUGGUAAGAAACCAGAUCUUCCACAUGAUGUCUCAGCACAGGAGCUUGACGUUUCGAUGGAGGAGCAGCGCGUACAAUCGCGAGUUCAGCGUGCUAAAGUGCUCCAAAUGAGGGCCCUCAACGGCGAGGCUAUGGGAGAUCAUGAGCAGAUGGAAUUUGACGCGGACAUUGGAGAGCUACGCCUGCAACCUCCCAUCACUGAUACCAAGAUCAAGGGCCUUGGAGGCAGAAUGGAUGCAGACUACGACAAUGAAUCCAUGUAUGAUGACUACGAUAUUGCGAACUGGAGAGAUGAAGUGCCCGAGAAAAAGCCGAAGAUUGACAUGGAUGCUCUGAAUUAUGUUUAUGAAGAAAGCAAGCGCCUGUUGGAGUUGUCUACCCUAUCAGCAAGGCCUGUGCAUAGAAUAACUCUCAAGUGUAGCGAACCUAGAAAUGUGUUCAAGGGUGGCGUUGAGGCAAGGAAGAGCGUUGGUUACAAGAAAAGCAGUGUUAUGAACUUGGCUUGCGCACGAGGAUCAUCAUGCAGAGUUAGCUGGAGUCAGGGUGAGUGCACAUCAGCUUUGCGAGAUUGUAUGCGUUAA